AUGAGGAGGUGGGUCAAGAGCCGAAAUGAGAUGGGUGCUAUAUUUGGUGAUAACACUACCGCAUUUGCAUAUAUUGAUGCACUGAUUAAUUCAAAAGACACCGAACAGUGCCGAAAUAACCUUAAGCUGGCACCCAAUGUUGAUAUGGCGGUAAUAUCUACGGUCAUCUCGGUUAACACAUUCACAAAAAACGGUAACACGGUGACCAUCUGGAUGUGCUCAGAUCUUAGAGACACAUCAUUCAAGGUUGUAAUAUACGGAGAUAUGCCAAAGGAACUGGAAAGUGUCUCACAGAGUAGCGUAGUUGCAGUACUCAAUCCAGACUUGACAGGAUAUUCAAAGGAUAACCUUAGAAGUAUAUCAAUCAAACAGUGUGAUAACGUUCUGCUAAUCGGGGAGGUUGACGGUGUACAGAUAUGUAGAGGCGUCACCACCAACGGGACCAGGUGUAAAAAUGUGGUCUACAAGCACCACCAUGGGGACUUCUGUAAGUACCACUUAAAAAGUGCUUUCGCAACUUCUAAAACCGCUACAAUGCCCAAUAAACCUAAAACUGAGGAUAUUAUGAAACAUGUACAUGGCACAAUAGAAGAACACAAAAUGCAAGUGGUUACAAACAACAUCACCCUCAAACCAUCAGAACCAACUGACCCGAAAAAAAUAAUGUCGAAACUUGGUGGAUUGGGUAGUCUUUUGAACAGAGUGGCCGAAAGUAGAACUAAAAAUAUCCAAGUAUUACAAACAAACCAACCGGUGAAGGUAACUGUUACGGACAGGAGCAGAGAUUUCGAGAAUGCAGUAGCAAACUUGAAAAAUAUUAUACAACCGGAUCACAAGAAUAAUAAAAGGGUCCUAGGGCUACUACAACUUAUCGCAAAAUAUAUCAACCACGUAGACAAGGAAUGCAUUAAAAGGACUGGGAUAUUUAAGAUGUGCAUCUCGUUGUUGGACCACCCGGUCGAAGUAAUCGCAAUAGAAAGUCUCAAACUUAGAAGGGCAAUCAAGAGGUUCAUGCAGACGCCUGAAAAGGACAACUCAACGCCUACAUUUGUUGUCGGCCAAAAGAGAGAAGAGACAAGAAAAACAAUCGCUAAUAAAUCAACUGCUAAAGAUCUAGAAACUAUUAUCUCAGCAACAUCGGAUGUAGACGCAUAUGUCCAUAAGGAAAAUAUUGAAACUACAAAGAGGAAACUUGAAGCUCUAGAACGCAUGGACAAAGCAAACGAAUUCAAACGUACAGUCACAGAAAUCGAGAUUGUCGCCUCCUAUUGCCAUGACUGCAAUGCGUGGACCGAAAAACCAAAUCCCGUAUGCAAAGAAGAAAGGCAUAGAUGUUCUGCUAAAAAGUGUAAAAUGGCAUAUCAUAUGAAUGGUAACGUGAAGGCGUUCAAUGAGGCAAUGCGUGCCUGCAUUGCCAACAAAGAAUUUGACGGUAUCUCUCCCGAUGAAGCUGCCGAUAAAUUUGUCACGCUGUUAGAGGAAAAUGGAAUCAGGUAUAUCGCUUCAGACUUUGAUGCCACAAUGAUAGCUGAACAUUCAGGAGGCUAUUGUGAAAUCCAAGCCGACAGAGAUGUCCUAUCAUCAGUAACGGAACAUUUCAAGGCGGUAGCGAGGCGUCUGAAGAAAAGCUCUAUUGACCUAGUUAUUGUCACAUUCUCUGAUGAUUGGCAUUUUAAGAACCAUCCAUCGUAUAUCAGCGGGCCAAGGAUGGUAAACAAAGCCCUUGAGUUCAGUAACUGUGAUGCUGAUAUCAAGAAAGUCUAUGACUUCUACCCCAGUUUAUGGAAGAAUCCAACGCAAUAUAAGAUUCUAGGACUCAAGGCACCCAUGCCGAUGCAUAAAGAAUACCAUCUCAGAAGCAUAUGCUCGGAUUUCAACGUCAAUUUGAAUGAAAUUAUACUCAUUGACGAUGAUCUAGACAAUUGUACAAACGCCAAAAAAAUUGGAGCUGCUGUACUACACGUAACGAAACAGGGGUUCAACCUAUCUGAAGUUGCAUUAAUUUGA